AUGGCAGCCCUAAAGGCCGAAUACUCGGUAUUCGCGAAUCUAGAAUUUGACCCCAAUGAAUUCGCGAACUCGAUCCUUUCGGGAGACGCACUUAAGUCGCAGCCAGAACCUCCGGCGAAGGAGGACAUCUCAGAGGCCAUCGCGAAGCUGGAUGCUGGAGUAGAUGAUGUAUCCAAACAGAUCAAAGCCCUGGUUACGGAUCACCACCAAGAGCUGCUCGCGCAAGUAGCUCGCGCAAAUGACCUCGGUAGCUCAAUUACUUCGGUGCGGUCAGGGCUUGCGGAGCUCGACAAAUCGAUGGAGAAGUUGACCCAGAAAGUACGGACACCGUAUACAGCACUGCAGACUCACGCGUCACGGUUGCAGAAACUACAGACAGCCUCGGACCUCCUUCGUAGAACGUCACGCUUCGUCAUACUUACGCGUCGGCUUCACGUUCAAAUGGUCGACAUGAACAGCCCGAACAAGGAGGACACUGCAACCGUGACCAUUGAGGGAGAGGACGAGAAGGAGCGUACGAUUGCCAAAGCCGCUCUCAGCAUCGCUGAACUAGUCGCCCUGCUUGACCCACCCACUGCCAGCCCCGAUGAAUCCAAUAUCUCGCUUCGCUCGAUCAAGGCAGUCGCAGCUCAUAUCCCCUUCAUCGAAGAGUCGCGUGACAAGGUGACCGACGAGAUGCAAACCAUGGUCAUCAAUGGCCUGACGACACUGGACCAAUCCCUUCUUGCAUCCUCCCUCCAAACGGCGUACAAUCUUCGUAUCCUUCCUGAUCUCGUACAGAAUCUCAUAUCUGACUUGUCACAAGCGGUCGAAGAACGUAUUCAUAACGCGUUCGACCUGUCACGUAUAUCGAAAGAAGUUUCCAAAGAACCUAUGUCUAACAAUGCACAGUCGCCACCGACGUUGUACAGGUCGCGGGUCCGCACAGAGCCAACAAAUUUGACCGUUCCUCAAUAUGCUGCCGCACUAUGGUCCCGCCUAGAGAAUAUGAUCGAGGAAAUGGCAGGGUGCUGUGAUAAGGUCUACACGUUAGAAAAGGUCCUCAAGAUCAAGAAAGACACCGUAACUCAUGUUGUCUUUUUGGAUGAGACUAUGAAGCUUCUAGAGAACACGCCUAGCGCUUCAUUCUGGACAUCACUCAGCCGGUCUCUCGAGAAGCAUGCACGAGACGCAUCCAAGAAUUCAUCGUUCUUGCAACAAACGCUGAGCACCGGGUAUCCACGCUUGCUGCGCCUCUUUCACGAGUUCUUCGCCAAGAUUGCGGUACACACGGAUACUAUAUAUACCCACAAAUUCCAAAGUCCAGAGACGGUGCUCAUCCUCCGGGCUUUAUCGAACUUUGAAUCAUUAUACCUUUCUCGAUCGGCAAAUAAACUCAAUGAGACUGUGGGGCAAGCCUUGGCGGGAGGAACACGCAAUCCUCCAGGUUUGACGGAAGGCACGAAUGUUGCUCGUGCAGUGGUCAAUGAGCUCGAUUCCGCGCGCUUUGAUCCAUUACUCGUUCGAUCAGUGGCGAAGAACGCGGUGACUUCCUUGGAUAUGAUGCUGACCAGGAUAGACCCAUUAGUGGUGCGAGAUCGUUCGGCGGUGUCUUUAGUAGGCCCAACGGCUUCAGUUCAGCAAAUCACGAAUGGUCAGAUUGUCAAUUUCCUGUAUCACUGUUGGACGCGGCUACAAAAACUUGCAUCGGAAUACACCGAUAGCGUGUAUGCCAUCCUCAAACCCAGCAUCGACAACAUGCAACUUGCUUUCCAGCGGAUCAUUGACCCUACGCUGACCGCCAUUCGGAGAGAAGUUGCCGCGAUUAUUGCGCGCCUCCAUCGCGUCGACCUCAGCAAGUCCAUCGACUCGAUGACUGGUCUUGGCGGCGCAAGCAUCUACAUGAAAGACCUCGUCGAAAAACUCGCGUUCGUGAAAGCGGAAAUUCUACCAACUAUCAAUAUCGGGGAAAUCACCAAGCCAUGGGUUGUGUCCAUCGUUCAAUAUGUGAUUCGAACAUUCGUCUUGCAUGUCUCCAUCGCAAAGCCCCUCGGCGAAAGUGGGAAGCUCCAGCUCACGAGUGACAUGACGGAGCUUGAGUUUGCUUUGAACGCCCUUAUGGUUGACCGCGGUCAAAACAAACGAGGGGGAGACCUUGAAACCGUUGGAGAAGACUAUCGCACGCUUCGUGCAUUACGGCCGUUGCUCUUCCUCGAGAACUCCCAGUUGGCCGAGCCAAAGUACACCGCAGGCUUGCCACCACUGAUUGUAUUGCAUCACAUCCUUGUUCGGUCACCUAUACCUCUACCGCACAGUCUUCACGGUUGGCAGGAGGCUGAAUACGUUCGCUGGGUGGACGAGCACUCGGACGCAGAGGCGUGGACAUUGGUCGAAAGUGGUCUGGCACAUUGGGAGAAGAUAUCUGGGAGUGAGGGGAAAGAGAAGGCAGUGGCUGAUGAGUAUAUUCGACUAGCUCGUACGGUACUUGGUAAUGUCAAAGACUGA